CCAAGACCUCCUACAAACCCAAAAACCCAUCCUCACCAUCACCAUGCGUUUCUUCGCCGUCCUCGCCGCUGCCACUCUGGCCUCCGCCACCGCCGCUGUCGGUGGUCCCUCCGCCCGCAACCUCGAGGUCCGCGGCGACAAGCCCAAGUUCCCUGUUCCCGAUGACUACACCAUCAAGCAGGGUUCCGCCAAGUGUGGUGACCAGGCCCAGCUCUCCUGCUGCAACAAGGCCACAUACGCUGGCGACACCACCACCAUUGACUCCGGUGCCCUGGCCGGUCUUCUCGGCAACAUUGCUGGCACUGGCUCUGGCUCUGAGGGUCUUGGUCUGUUCGACCAGUGCUCCAAGCUCGAUCUCGAGAUCCCUAUCAUCGCUGUCGACGUCCAGGACCUCAUCAACCAGCAGUGCAAGCAGAACAUUGCCUGCUGCCAAUACAGCGGUGCCGAUGCUUCCGACGAUCUCCUCGGUGUCUCUCUGCCCUGUGUUGCUCUGGGCUCCAUCAUCUAAGCGGAUCCAUAUCCAAUAUGGAUUCCACCUUGGGCGAAAUUGCUUCUAUUCUUUUCCGUUCUUCUCAUGGCAAGAGUAGACCCAUCUUCGAGAUUCUUUCGUUUCACUAGACUG